AUGUCGAAAGGAGCGUGUUCCUCGAUUACCACCAGAGAGCGGAACACAUGCAUGAAACUUAUCGAAAGCGUAGGGCAGAUCGCAUGCGGUAUGACAGGACAAGGUAAUUAUAGAUGGAUGAGUAUCGGGAAUUGUUGGGUUGUUUGUACGAAAGGCGUCCAAUAUUUGACUAUUCCCCAUAAGGAAUGUGAACGAAUACUUGACAUCGGUUUCUGGGCGGUGUACCAGAAGGAGAAUAAUGGUGAACUGCCGCCGUACGGAUUUCAGGACUGCGAAGAAGAAGAUAUAGCAAGACUAACAAUGUGGCGUGAUGACUGGAAGCGUUAUGAAGAGAAUGCCAAAGAAUAUCUGUGCUCACAAGAGUUAAAUAAGAUUGUUUGA